GUUCUUUCCUCUGUCUCUCUCAACAAAUUCUCCAUAAUUUGCUUUUUAAAUAGGAAUAACAUUUUUUUUUUCUUUUUCUCCAUUCUAAUUUCGCAAAUAAUUAGAAACCUCUAUUUUUUAGUAUCUUAAGAAUUAAUAAUUAAAAUAAAAGAGUUAGGUAUAUUCCAAGAUUAAUUUUUUUAAUAUAUCUGAAACUUAAUUACUGUGUCGAGGACUAGAUAUUUUGAUGGUCGUUCACAAUCUCAGGGCUUUCUCAGAUCCGAAAAUCACUCUAUUUGUAGCUUCGGACUAACCCAUUUUGAAAUUUUUCUUUUUUUUUUCUGUUUCGGUUUUAUUUCUUGUUGCAUUUACUGUGUGAUUUGAAUUGAAAUCAUUGGCUUUUGCAUCAAGAUUCUAACUUUUUGAAUCAUCUUUUCUGUACAUUUUCUCUAGUUGAAAAAAAUAAAAUUUUACAGUAUUUGGUUUAUUAUUCUCUUUUUAAAUUACAUUAAUUUCACUUACAUUCUUGAUUUUUCUUACAAUGUGGGUUGGUGUUAGGUGAAGGUCCUUAGAUUCUGGGAUCUGGGGUUGGUGGGAUUCUUGUUUUACACUGUUCUUGCAAAUUUUCCUGACCCCUUUUGGAUCCUAAAACUUACUAGUCUCUCUUUGAGUUAUUGGGAUUCCGAUCCAUUUAUUGUUUUUCAAGAAAUCUAGUAUAAUAAUUGUUGUACUGAUUGGUAUUUAAGAGAAAUGCUGAUUGGAAUUCAGCUAAAUGUCAGAGACAUUGAGUGAAAAUGGAUUUGAUUUUGUGUUAAAAAUAGGAUCUUGUGGGGAGUCCAUAGAAUCCUAUUUAGGAAGAGGAGGAGCUUUAAAUUUGGGAUUCCAUGGGCUGUGUUUGCUCAAAGGGGGUUUCUACUAAAAGGCGUGGCAGGAAUCGAACUAAGGAGAAAGAAAAAAAGAAAUCUUCAUCCGAAAGACUUAUUGCAUCUUCUAAGGAGGAUGUUUUAGUGGAGGUUGAUAAUGGUGGCAUUGAUGCGAGGACGAGGCUUAUAUCAACAGAGCCAAUUGAGAAAAGUGCAGGUUCCACCCCACCAGCUUGGGAUGAGGGAGAGAAAAAGCCUAUAGUUCUUGAGAAACCUGAAGUGCCACAGGUGCAAAGACGGGCAGCAACAGACAGCGCUGAGGUUGGAGGACAACCUCAGAUCAAUAGAAUAUUCAGUGUUAGGAAUGGAGUUGACGAUGCACAAGUUGUUGCUGGAUGGCCAUCAUGGUUGACAACCGUGGCAGGUGAAGCUAUUAAAGGCUGGGUUCCUCGGAAGGCAGAUUCAUUUGAGAAGUUGGAUAAGAUUGGCCAAGGUACAUACAGCAGUGUAUAUCGAGCUCGAGACCUGGAAACUGGAAAGAUUGUUGCAUUGAAGAAAGUACGAUUUAUCAACAUGGAUCCAGAAAGUGUUCGUUUUAUGGCCAGGGAAAUUUUAAUACUUCGCAGGCUAGAUCAUCCAAAUGUUAUGAAGCUUGAAGGUCUUGUGACCUCUCGCGUCUCAGGCAAUCUGUAUCUUGUCUUUGAAUACAUGGAACAUGACCUUGCAGGUCUUGCGGCAUCACCAGCUAUCAAAUUUACUGAAUCUCAGAUUAAAUGUUACAUGCGGCAGCUGCUUCGUGGACUUGAACACUGCCAUAGUCGUGGUGUCUUGCACCGAGAUAUUAAGGGUUCGAAUCUUCUGAUUGACAAUAAUGGGAACCUCAAGAUUGGCGAUUUUGGGCUGGCAACUUUUUACCAAAACAAUCAAAGGCAGCCUCUAACAAGUCGUGUAGUUACUUUGUGGUAUCGGCCUCCUGAGCUUUUGCUUGGUGCUACAGAUUAUGGAGUGGCUGUAGAUUUGUGGAGUUCUGGUUGCAUCCUUGCUGAAUUGUUUGCAGGGAGGCCUAUAAUGCCGGGAAGAACUGAGGUGGAACAGCUGCAUAAGAUCUUUAAACUUUGUGGUUCACCAUCCGAAGAAUACUGGAAGAAAUCAAAAUUGCCGCAUGCAACGAUCUUUAAACCUCAACAGCCAUACAAGCGCUGCCUUGCCAACACAUUCAAGGACUUCCCUGCAUCAGCUUUAGCACUUUUGGAUUCUCUCCUGGCUUUUGAACCUGAGUAUCGGGGUUCUGCUACUUUGGCACUUCAAAGUGAGUUCUUCACAACGAAGCCUCUUCCUUGUGAUCCGUCGUCUUUACCCAAGUAUCCUCCAAGCAAGGAGUUUGACGCUAAGAUGAGAGAAGAGGAAGCAAGAAGGCAAAGAGGUGGAGGUACUAAAGGAUCUGGUGUUGAAUCUAAUAGAAAGGGCGCAAAACAGUCAAAAGCAGUACCAGCGCCUGAUGCUAAUGCUGAGUUACCAGCAUCUAUACAGAAGUGGAAACAGCAGUCAAAUCCCACAAGCAUUAGUGAGAAGUACAGUCGUGAAGAGGAUGGUGGUUCUGGUUUCCCUAUUGAUCCCAGCAGAGGAUCUCUAUAUAACAGCCAUUUAUCACAAGUCAGUGAUUCUGCAAAUUCCAUAAACACAGAUACUAAUGGACUUGGCCCUCUUAUGAGUUCUCAACGAGGAUUUGAUUCUUCAAGAUUUGGAGAAUUGUGUGCACGUGGGUCCUUCCGACCUCACGGUGCAGCAGCUCAAUUGUCCAGGUUCUCCAAUUCCGUUGCAGCUCAUGGUAGUUCAAGAUUUGAUAUGAGCAGGGAUUCGCAGUGGCCUGAAGAGCACAUGACUGGAAAGUAUAACCAGCUUAAUGAUUCUGACUCUUCCUACUCUCUUUUGGGGAAAGACUCUCCCAAUAAGAAGGACAAGCAUUCAACAGGAAAGGAGUCUACAGCGGGUUAUAUUCCAAAGAAGAAUCGAAUCCACUACUCUGGACCAUUGAUGCCACUCGGUGGAAACAUUGACGAAAUGCUCAAAGAGCAUGAGAAACAGAUACAGCAAGCUGUCCGGAAAGCUCGUCUUGACAAAAAUAAGAUUAAAAAGGAACACAAUGACAAUGGGCAAACAGAAUCGCUCUUACACUAUACAAGCAAUGGUCGGUGAUUUGUACAGGAGGAAAAAGGAUACAACCUUUUGAUGAAGUUCAGAACUCCAGCCAAUGCUAGAGUUUCAUGAAUCAAGGAAGCAAAAACCAAUCCUUCACUAAGAAAAUCUCAGCAGCAAGAGAAACAAACGCAUUACUCACAUGGAACUCCCAAGUCUUUUUUGCCUAUACACUAAAAGUAAUAGCAGAAUGCACAUUAUACAGUUCCAGAAUCAUAUCCUAACUUUCUCCUGUAACGGCCCUUAGAAUGAAAAACGAGAGCAGUUUUUGAUGUUGUAUUAUGGGGGUAAUUCUUUUGGUGGUGUAUGUCUUGGGAAGCAUUCUUGUACAGUUAUACAUUGGUCAGUUCAUGUAAAGGAUAACCUUUUUUCCCAAAUUUGUAGGAACUUUAUGCCUCAAGCCAGUAUCUUGCCUUGGAAUACAGAUCUACAUUAAAUGCUCAAGCCUGUAAGAUACAUUAAUUUUAUGGUAGGAUCUAACAUUUAGUAUUAAGUCAUUCAAUUAUCUGUU